AAAAAACCUUGAAAGUUGAUCUAUUGAACCCUUCAGGCGACGCGCUCACACGCGUUACGGAACCUGUCCGCCCCCUUCGGACAUUGUUGCCCGAGUUUAUCAACUUUCCCACGCAGUCUGGCGGUUUCGAAAAUGGAAACGGCAACUUGCAUGGGAAUCCCAUCUUUCAAGCAUCUGGCCAUUUCAGGUUCAAGGGGUCACGUCUCCCUCGCUAAAGUGAUAUGACGAUUCGCAAGGACUUGCCGUCGCCUGCGACCCCAGAUGCAGUCCUCAACGGGCUGGCAAAUUUAGCUACUAUCGACUCGACCGUACAAGAGAACCUUCGGCAACUGCUCCAUCGACAAGCACGACCCGUGAAGACUCAAAGCUUAACUUUAGCACAGACGGCUGGAAAACCUCGUACCCGAACGCGACCAAUCUUCAAAGCGAAUAAGGAGAAUGUGGGAAAUGGGAAUGUCAAUGGGAAAGGGAAGGGGGAGAAUGCGUGGGCUCAGGCGGCCGCUCCGGAGUUUGAAAUAGGACCGUUUGCUCUUAAGCUUAUCAACCAGUGCAUGAAGGUGCUCGCUGGGCUAGUAAACGCUCCAACGGUAGACGGGGCCAAACCAGCUGAGCCUGCUUCAGGAGAGUCGGGAAAAGCAUGUCCUGAGGGUGACACAACCGAUGUUGAAGCGAAGCAGGCACAGCAGCCUGUUCCUAUGUCAAAACGACGGAUGCCGAGUGGGCGCUCAACGGGGACGAAGCCGGCACUCGCGGAUACGAGCAAUGCGAGAUCGCAACGAGUGCUUUCGGACGGAAAGAAACGGCUACCGAAAUCAAAUGACACCCCACAGAUGGAGAAAGUAACAUGCCUCGCGCAAUGCUUCUCCGACGCUUUCUCCGUGUUGCAUAAAGCAGGAGUCGACAAGGUGAUAGAGCCAUAUGCCUUGUACAGAGUGGCAUGCAACUUCGCUGCCCGUCUCGCUGAUCUUUCGAAGUACAGUGAAGCCCUGGAUAUCCUAUCUCUCGUGUAUCAGGAGCUGUGGGCCGGAGGUUCUGCUCUUCCCACGAAACCUCCCGCAAAGAAACCAUUGAGGUCGGCAACUAACAUAUCCGCAGCGAGGCGACCAGCGGCAAAGAGUAUUUCGAGGCGCACAUCUAAACAGGAAACUCCUGCAACAGCAACAAUAUGUCGGUUACUGCGACCCCCCCUGGUGCAAGAAGAAGAACAAUCCUCCGCGCGGCUGGCAGUGGGAAUCACAUGUGCCAACGUCGCGCUACGAUGCAUUUUAGCUACCACGACAUCAGCUAAUUGGAAGAGUAUAGAGGCGGCUGUACUGGACGAAACCGGCGUACUAGCAGCGUGCGCUCACUGCAAACGUAUGGACGUCGUGGCCGGCGGGAGGCAUUUUGAAGGCUUCUUUCGACUCCUCUACCGUUGGUCUUUGAGUGCCAAAGAUUGGAGUCCUAGAGCUUUGCUGGACGUGCGGAGGGUAGCGCUGAUGUUUUACGUGGAGUCCCCGUUGUACACCGACGCCGGAUUUGCGGAUCAAGCUUUGAAGUUUGCGCUCGUGUACGACCAGGCUCUACGGACGAGUGGAGAUAGUUUAGAAGCAUUGGUUGCGUACUACCAAGCCGUGCUGGAAUUGGCGGAAGUUCUUUCGGCAAAAGGGAGGAGACCAUCUCAGUGCAAAUGGGGCGAUCAUGCUCUCAGCAUCUUCAAGAAGUUCCAGAAGUACGGGCUGGCUGAUCGUUUGAUCGCUUACACUGAAGCGCUACAUGUCUCGGAAACCAGCGAGAGCAAGGAACUGCUCACCAGAGCGACCACAGCUUUCGCAGAACUGUCAAAGGAGCCAGGAGAUCUUCCCUCUCUGGGUUUAAACGACUGUUACAUUGCAACACUGCGCGAUAUAAUCGCAGCUAUAGAGCGUGAAGGAACGAACGAGAAGCUCUUGCGGCAGUUGGCGCAACAUUUUGCCCGAAACAUGGACGCUCUGUGGAAAACAGCCGAGAAAAUUGGCGUUUCAAUCUCGGAAACUGAGAAGCUGCAACAGGAGCGAGGAUGGUCCCCACUCUUCCUUGUAGUUGUCGAGGUUUACGUUGCUUUCAGGACGGCCGGAGAGCGAUUGGGUGCUGACGGAAGCACCGUCAUCGACCUUUUAAACCGCAUAGGACCGGCGAUUCUCAGCUUCCGUAACGCUUUAGCAAGACUUUGCGUGUUGCUCCCUACCGCUGAUAACAAUAAUUACUACACGGCGCACCUAACGGCCGCGAUCAAGCUUGCCGAUGAUCUCGGGUAUUGGACGGGACUCAAAUUUAUCAGCAAUACUGCGUUUUUCGUCGGUGGUAUACACUACAAAUCGAAAGAGUGGCACAAAGCGAAUGACGACUUUCAGCUUUCGUGCUCGUUGAUGGCCCGCUUCCUGCAGCCCGAUGUCGUGAGCGCGGAAGCUGCAACAGCCGCGGCCCAGGACAACCAUAACGCCGAGCGAAGUCAGCUGUCGACUCGAUAUCAAUUCUUGGCAACGACGUCGCAUAUGAUGGGAAACACCGUCGUCGCGUUGGAUGCGUUGCACGAGGCCGCACUCGUGAUACGACAUCCCUCGGCCUGCCAGGCGAAUGGUGUGACAUCCCUGAAGCCCUUAAUUGAACGAUACGUCAAGAUAGCUAUAUCGGACGGAGAGUCCACCUAUGAAUCCAUCUCUGCAAUGGUGGGAUUGGCCAUUUGCGAGCGUAGCGAUUGCAGAGCGGCGUUUGGGCAACUGGAAAGGAGUGUGGUGCAAGGUUCUCGGGGGUCGGAAAGUCGAAUCGCGCUGGCGCAGGGACAUAUUCUCGACUGGCUGCUCGAACUUUACGACGAGCACCAUCCCGUCCAGCGAGCAAGGGUUCUGGUCGAGAAGGCCAGCCUGAUGCACAACAUGAAGCAUCUUGUUGAUGACGAGAAGUUGGAAGAAUGCGAGAACCUGUGCCAGAGCGCCGUUGAGAUCCUGAAAACAGCGACAUGUGACGAUGCGUUUGGAGAAGAUGCACGCUUCAAAGAUCAAUGCCAGAACGAGUUAGCCAACGCUUACUCUGUGCUUGGCUUUCUCUUAACUGACCGCGGAGGCUAUCAAGCAAAACCAUGGUCCAUGGCCUUGACGAUAUGGCAGAACCUCCUCAGACGAGUUCCUCUCUUCACGCACGCCCUCAAAAUUACAGUGGAGAAACCGAAGGCUGCGGCAUUCUUCUACGACUUGAGAGCUACUUACAACCAUAUUCAUGUAAUGGCGAAAUAUUUUGCCAUGCUCAAGCAGUGGCUAAAUCAGAUUUUGUGCCUCCGACUUCUGUUGCGAUUGACCACUCUCAUGGCCGGGAUCGAGGAGAUCGCUCUCGACGCGCCAUCACUGUACUCGGAUAUCGGUCAUGCGUACGUGUCGCUUGGGUACACGGGUCAGGGUGGAGUGGCCUUCGCACAAGGCCUUGCCUUUGUUGCCGGGAGCAGAUGCUCACCGCAAUCCGCUGCGUACUGCCAACUGUCCUAUGCCUACUACUUGUACCAUCUGGGCAACGAAGAAAAGAGCGACGCUACACUGAAAAAUCUGUCCAUGGCUGAGGCGAAAUCGGGAGAAACACUCAAGCACAUUGCCCUAGAGCCUUUCCGGCACCUUGUGAACGCGCAUAUCGCUCUAGGCAAGGGUGAUCUGGUAGCUGCGAUCGUCGAAGGAGAAAAAGCACUUAGAGGACUCAACCGGAUUGUGAAUCGAUUGAAGGUGUCAAGGAAUUCGGACGUUGACGAGCUGACGACUUCGAUGCAUCAACUCCGUUUAGACAGCGAAGCAUCCUCGUCACAAUCGAAACUUCGUCAGAAUCUGAAGCGGUCCGAUCAAUGGCAUUUGACACAACAGCUGCUAAACACGUAUGCAUGUCUAGGCCGACUAUACAUGAGCCGUGGAUCUAUAGCGGAAGCCGAACAUUUCUUGGCGCAAGGAUUGGACCUCGCAACAGCAGUUCAGUCGCACGUCUACGUCAGCGACUUGCAGCUUCUUCUGGCCGAGAUCGACUUCCGACAAAAGAUGCUAAAAGAUAGCACGACGAAACUGGGAGAGGCUGUUCAAUCCCAAUCUAAACUUUCGCCAGAUGUCGCCAUCAAAGACAUUGUCGAGUAUCACAUCUGUCAAGGCGACAAUGAAGUAAGGAUUGAAGACUUUGAUGCGGCUCUAGCCUCGUACAGCCAGGCGGAAGUCUUGUUGGAUAGCGCGAUGACACCUGCCGUCAUAUCAGCACUGGAGGAGGACAAAUCACCGGGCGGGAUUGAAACCCCACGUGAGAAGAAGGUCGUCAGCAUCGUCGCCGGUCCUCGACCUAAAGAUGCGGAACCGACUAUUCGACCCGAAUGCCUUGUGCUCUCCGAUCUUAAAGUACGGGUGUGCGCCAAAGCUGCUACGGCCUUGUGCGGGCAGAGCAAGAUUGCUGAAUCCGAAGCAACGCUCCUCAAGGGAAGGGAUUUGCAGCAAAGUGGUCUGGAACAACCCGGGCUAGUAACCGCCCUGGCAAAGUUGCAAUCCCAAAAACUGGAGGACAAUCUGGCAGGCAAUCCGCUCUUCUCCGUCUUCAACGAGGCGGCUUUCUCGCUACCGUGGAAUGUACCGAAAGCCAAAACGGGAAGCGCGAAGCAAACCAAGGCAUAUAAGGCUGGCGCACUGCUGUCCAAGAAUAUUGGGCUUGUAUAUGAUCUGUUCAAGAAUGCGCAUAAGAUGUCGUUCCCGCAUGGCAACCCGGAGUUGAUUCAUGAACUCGGUCAUGGAAUGGCAUACUUGAAUGUCAUGAAGGCGUACUUGACAUGCGGCGCGGAGGCUACUGAUGCAAAGGAACUGGCCAUUAUGACUAUCCUGGACAUUGAAAGGACGAAGGGCCUGACGAUGUCUCGCGAACUACUUUCGACGCUGCAUGAGAAAGGCGGAGUGCAGGCGACACCGAAUGGCGCUACUGCGGAGACCAUCAAGAGUGAGCGUCUCCGAUGUCAGUAUCAGAACUAUCUGCGCCAAGCCAACUGGACGAUGACCGAGUUCUCCAACGAAUUCCUCGAGAUUCUUCCAUACGACUGGGUGGUGUGCUCCAUAUCUGUUGAUCUAGAGCGAGAAGACAUGUACGUUUCUCGGAUGGAACGCGGCACCACCCCCAUUGUCUUGCGCAUGCCGCUUAACCGGCAAGCAAUGCGCGACGCCGCUGAAGGCGGACUGUCGUACACCGAUGUGGUCGAUGAAUUGAAGGUCAUUCUGGAGGAAAGCAACGCCACGACCCGCGACAUCGCCACUUGCGUGACGAAAGACCAGAAACGGCAAUGGUGGGAUACUCGCAAGGCACUCGACACCCGCAUCAAAGAUCUGCUAGACCAGAUAGAACUGUCGUGGCUAGGGGCGUUCAGGGGAUUGCUGGCGACAGAUCAAUUUGACUCGUACCCUGUGCAAAAUGCGUUGACUGCCUUCAAGAAACAGCUGGAAGCUAUUGCAUACAAGGCCGUGGGACGGAAAACUGUUCGUGGCAAGGCGGUCAAGAUGCUUGAACUCGAUGAAGGCAUGUGCAAAAUGCUUCUCCGACUAGGACCGAAGCCCCACUAUGAUGAGAUCGAAGAUGCGCUGUUUUACCUCUUGGACUCGUAUCACUACAGUGGAGUUGGGAUCGACUAUGCGGAGCUUGAGAUCUGUGCUCUCACUGACGAGAUCAGCGAAGCCAUCGCCCAGUUCCAUGAAGUGUAUACCAACCUCAGGUCGACUUCACAGACCACAACGGCGCAAAAGCACGUCAUCCUGAUACCAGAUAAACAUCUUCAUAUGAUCCCAUGGGAAAGCACGUCAGUAUUACGAGGCGAACCGGUGUGCCGUGUGCCUUCCAUCUUCAGUUUACGGGACAUCCUGGUGGACGUGGGCCAUGGCACGAGACGAGCACUACGCGCGGGGGAGGAUGAGCUUCGGGGAAACGGAAAGGAUGGAGGCCGGGACGAGACGUGGUCACGGUUGAAUGUUGAUCCGACCAAUGCGUACUAUGCGUUGAACCCCAGUGGAGACUUGGUGCAUACUGAAAAGACAUUCAAGGAAAUGGUGACGAGUCGAGCGGCAUGGGAGGGCGUAGUCAGCAGCAUCCCCUCCGAAGACGAUAUCGCAUCAGCCCUCGAGUCCAAAGACAUGUACAUAUACUUUGGCCACGGCGGUGGGAACCAGUACAUCCGAGGCCACCGCAUCCGCCAACUAUCCCAGAGUUCCGUGGCGCUGCUCUUCGGGUGCAGCAGCGGAUACCUGAAACCUGCGGGAGAGUACGACCCGCAUGGCGUACCAUUGAAUUAUCUGAUGGGUGGAAGCCGAGCAAUCCUCGCAAAUCUAUGGGACGUCACAGACCGCGACAUUGACCGGUUUACGCUCAAGAUGUUCGAGGAGUGGGGCCUCUCUUCUGAACCGUCGGAUUCGGAUCCGAACGCAACCGAGCGGCCAAAAUCCAUGGCCGAAGCCGUGAUGCUUAGUCGGAAGGCGUGCAAAUUCGGAUACCUGACGGGCGCGGCGCCGGUGGUGUAUGGCGUGCCUACGUAUCUGAGGCGGUAAUUCCCUGAGAAAUGUCAUUUACAGGAGAGGCGCCGUGAUUCAAAUACAAUAAGCAUGACAUGCAAAAGCGGCAAAUUCUAUUUGGCAAUGUGGAAACAUUGUAGAUACAAUAUGAAAUAUGAGAG